AUGAGCGCCAAGAGCUCCGACGUUGUGGACAGUAUGAUCGACGACAGUCUGCUGGGUAUCCUCAUCAUCCUGCUCGUGCUCAUGCUCAGUACAGGCUACGUGUACUUGCAGCAGCUGCGACAGGGGGGCGCCCAGCAGCAGCAGCCCCCGCAGCGUCGUGGUCCGGCUACCAACGCAUCUCUGUCCAGUCGAACAGUAUCCACUGCUGCUGCGCUAGCGUCGUCCUCAGAGCGCGCUCUGUUGUCCAGUACCGACUUUACUGACCGACAGCGGCGUCUGCACUCGCAGUUGCCCAUGCGCAACGGGACGCGCAUAGUCACGAUCAGCGCUGCUGCGCUUUUCCAGACUGACACGUCGCACGCUCUGAGCUGGACGAGUGAUGACGUGCCAGCACUGCUGUCGGAUCUCUUGCACGUUGCGGACGUGUACGUUCUAUGCAAAGCCAACGACGAGAAGGAUACGCAGCAUAUGCUGCGCGUUCGCGAGUGGUUGACGACGCACGCGGCCUUGACGAACGCCGAUACGGCGGGAAGAGGCCUUCAGGCGCACAAGAUUCUCUUUUGUACCACGUCGACUGGCAAAAUUGCGUUUGUGCGACAGAUUGAACCUCAUGUUCAUGUGGACGUUGACGCUGCGGUCGUUCGUGACUUGGAGAAACACGUGCCACGUAUUGUGCACAUUUCGACCUCGUCUGAGGAUGUAGUCGUGCCUUUGAUUCCGAACGUGAUCCACGUCAGUGACAGCUUUGCAGGGUAUUUCUCGCUCAUUAGUUCACUCGAACGACCGAAAUAG